AUGACAGAAGGUCAUAAAGGAAAUGUAGAAAUAAAUUUAUACAAAGAAGAUGUAAAUGUGCACUAUAAGAAAAAUUGUGACAAUAAUGAAUUUAAUAAAUAUCUGAUAAAUAUAGGAGAUAUUACAAGAAAAAAUAACUUAAUUGAAAAAAAAAAAAAUUAUAAAUCCAAGUAUGAUAUAAUAACAACAGAUUCGAUAUCGACUACAACGGAAGAAUUUUCUUAUCCGUAUCGCCUGGAGGGAAAAACUGACAGCAAAGAUACCAGUAGAAUAUUGGAUGAAGUGGAAUAUGAGGGACUUUAUCGAAACCUCACGUCGGAUGAAGGGAAGUUGAUGAUAGUUGGGAGGAGCGAAAAUCAGAAGAGUGGAUGUAAUGGUUGCAGCAGCGAGGGAACCCUCGAUGGUAGGAAUACGAAAAGGAGCAAUUUAGGAAAUGGUGUAGUGAAGAAGGGUGCACUGAGCGGUGAACGAAACGGUGUAUUAAACGGUGCAUUAAAUGGUGCAUUAAGUGGCGCACUAAAGGGUGAACUAAACGGUGCAUUAAAUGGUGCAUUAAGUGGCGCACUAAAGGGUGAACUAAACGGUACAUUAAAUGGUGCAUUAAGUGGCGCACUAAAGGGUGAACUAAACUGUACAUUAAAUGGUGCAUUAAGUGGCGCACUAAAGGGUGAACUAAACGAUACCCAAAAUGAUUCCCUAAACCGUGCAGGAAACAACCAGUGUAGCCCCUUUCGAGGUACGGAAAGUGUUCCUACGAGAACAAAGAAAGCGGAACGUCUCAGGAACCCUGAUGAUAAAUAUAUGAAUCCCUUCUCACAUAACAAAAUGAUAAAAGGAAAUGAAUCAAUUUUAAUGAAGAAAAAUGAAAUGAGUAAAGGGAAUGAAGACCAAUGUGACAACUACGCUCCAAUGAAGAGUAGUACUACAAAAAAUAAUAGUGGUUACCCGAAAAUUGUGAGGCUCAAGGAAUAUGUAAAUAAUUUUUAUAACAAAGAUAUAGAAAAUAACAAUCAUUUGAUGAAGAAAAAUAGUACACAUUUAAUGGAAUUCCAACGGGAAAAUGGAAAUUCUAUUCGUUCACAUGUAUAUCGUCCAUAUCUACCAAAUCAGAAGAGUCAUGUAAACAGUAAGAAUCUCAUGCAUGCACUCAAUGGGAUCAAUAUAACCAAUGUAGGAGGAAUUUCGAAAAAUCACCAUACGGGUGGAAAUUACUCAAGGAUUAACGUUAGUGCAAAUCAGAGCUUAUUGAACUACAUGAACAGAUGUGGAAAUAAAAAUAAUAUAAAUCUCGUGUAUAUAAAAAACCAAGGGAGAUUUAAGUAUCCUGGAAAUAUGGAGUAUGGGAGUAGUAACAUCCUCACUAAUGGAGGUAUAACAGCUAGCGAAACUGCAAUCAUUCAUGGAAGCACUGCUAGUAGUGUGGAAAAAAUUAGCAAUGUAGUUAUAGCGAAUGGUGGAGUGGCAGUCAAAGGUGGAAUAAUACCCACCGUAUGUGGGUCUGCAAUCUUUAAAGGAAAUGGUAACAACAUGAAAAUAAUGAAAGGUAUGGAUAUCGAAAAAUUAGGAGGUAACCUUAACAAUGUAAGUAUAAAUAGUGUAAGGAACAUGGAAAGUUUGAGGAGUAUCAGCUGUUUGAGGAAUAUGGGAAACAUGAGAAAUGUCAGCAAUUUAAGAGGCCUGAAAGAUGUCGCGCAGAGUCUUAAUCUAAACGGUGCAGAAAAUUUUCGAAAUGUCAAAAAUUCGAACAAUUUGAUCAGUCAGAACAGUUUGGUCAGUCAGAACAGUUCGAUCCAUCAGAACGGCCUUAACAACCUUAACAGCCUGACCUUUCCGAACAACAGCAUCUAUCAUUCAGGUCUGCAAAUUAACACAAACAGCGAAGUGAAAAAAUUGAGGGGAAGCACAACUGCGAUGAGCGAACAUCAUGAAAUAAUUCCAAGUUUAGGCAACCUUAAGAACCCAACAACAUUACUAGAUGGCAAUACAAAUUAUAUCCCCAAAGAUGAGGGAAAAAGAAAACAAAUGAAUUUAAAUUCAACUGAUUUAAAAAUUCCAAUUUUUGUACAUAGUACGCAUACGAAAAACAGUACGGAUAAUACAAGUAUAAGAUUGAACUCAAGUGCCCUGUUGCAUAGAAAUUACUUAAGUUGUGGUAACCAUGCUUUUAUUGAUUCUCACAAAGAAAGUGCAAAUAGAAUAAAUAGAAAUGGUAAUAUGAUGAUGGCUAUCUCUCCAGAUAGAGAUUUUAGUCGAUCAACACAAGGAGGAAGCAAUAACCACACAGUUGUGCCGAAUUUGGAGUCUACUCGUUUCGAUAUGAAAAUUGAAAACAAUGGUGGGAACAUAAAUGGAAAUAUGAUUCCAUAUCUUAGUGGGAGUUACACGAGCAUAUGUACAAGCAGGGGAAACAGCAGAAGCAACAGAAGCAGCAGAAACAACAGAAAUAACAGAAACAGCAGAAACAGCAGAAACAGCAGAAGCAGGGAAUUUCCAUCCUUUACAUGCAAAGGAGGAAUGAUAAAUAAUAUAAAGGAUAGCAAUAAAAGCAUCAAUAGCAGAAUGGGAAGAGGUGGAAUGCCAAUCCUGAAAGAGUUAUCAAGGGGUGAAAGAGGUGGAAUUGGGCCAUAUAAUAAAAAGAUAAAUGAAGAACAUUGCAAAAUGUUAAAAAAUAUUGUCCAAAGAAGAAAUUUAAUUAAUUAUAAAUAUAUGAAUAGUUGGAUGUCAAAUCUUGAAAACAGAAAUAAAAGGGAUAUGAGAACAUCCUGUUGUUCAUCCUUUAGGAGGAAUAGUAGGCAUAAACCAUUUGAAAUGUUGGGUAAAGAAAAAAAGGUACUUUUUGAAAGAAUAAAAGAAACAAACAAAAUUAUGAACAGCAAUAAAAAAAAAGUGAUAUCAACAAAUUAUGAAAUUAAAACAUUUUUACUCAACACAAUUAAAGCAAUUGGAAUAGUGCUAACAAAGUGGAAAUUAAAAGAUUUUGGUAUGUAUUUCUGGUUUCAUAUCAAAUGUAUAGAAAAAGAAACAGAUCUUAAGUUUUAUAUUAAAAUUUUCAAUUCCUUGUUUGAAAUAAUUACAGGGAAAGGUAUUUAUUACCAAUCCAAUGAUAUAAAUAAUUUAGUGAAUGUAUUUAAAGAAUUUAUUAUAUACGAUUGUAAGAAUAUUUUCAAAAAAAGUUUAAAAAUUCUAAAUAAAUAUGCGAAAAAGAAUUCCCCAGAUUUUUCUAUUUUUCACAAUGAUGAAAAUGUAUUAAAUAUUAACAAGUCUUUACUGUUAGGUUGCGAAGAAGUUUAUUCCAAUCCUAAUAGUAAUAAUGAUGAAACUAGUCUGGGGAAGAAACGAGAUAGCGAUGAAAAAAGUAGCAACAAUUUUUUCGGGGUUUUAUUUAAUUCUUUGAAACAAAAUCAUGAUUCCUUUGAAAAAAUUGGGCUAGAUAAAUUAUACCUCUCCAAUAUUUUUGCCAACUUUAAUGAAUUGAAUUAUAGCGAAAUUUUCCAUUUGUUUUUGAGAAAAUGA